CAAAUUUGUACAGUCUUACGUCCAGAGAGGGGUCGCAAGAAAGUUAAGAACAUCACGAGACACAGCCUCACUGAUUGGUCAGAGACAGUGCGCAUUUGCCAUCAGACAACCAUAAUCGUACUUCCACUUACCACCAACAGGCUUCAACAAUGACAGAGGCAAUAGGAGCAGCGGCUAGCAUCAUCGGCAUUAUCGGUGCGGCAUUUACUGUCAUCCAGGAGAUCCGAAGCGCGCGGGGCAGGGUCCGAGGCACAUCCGAGACGCUGGAUAACGUGUCUAAACACCUAGACGUUAUCGACGAGUCACUUAGCCUCGUUCGCGAGGUAGAUAGGUUGCAAACGGCCAGAGUCGAACUGCAAGUGAAGGCCAUCACCGACGUUGCCACUGAGCUUAGAUCAUUCCUGGACAACCUUACUGCCAGGCAACAAGAGAAGGCCAUAUCACAGUUCUUCCACGCGCUGAAAUCGGGCGACAAGGACGACAAAAAGUUACAAGGCAUCCUGGACCAGCUCGACCGGGCUCGUAAUAAGCUCAGGUUGCGGAUCUCGGUGGCUCAAGUCGGCUUACUGGGAAACCUCCAAGACGGCUUUCGAGUUGCAUUCGGCGUUCUCGAGCAGACAAACACUAGGGUUAACAAAGUGCUCGGGAUCAACUUGGCUCUUAUGGAUAUUAUGAAGAACCGAGCGCUGCAGCGGACAGCGGAUGGAUUCAUACCAGUUGAUAUUGCUGACAUACUAGCGAUGGGAAUAUCCGCCUCCGAUAAUACGACGAGCAUAAGCAACUCCAACGAGGUAAGGGAAACAAAUAUUCAUGGCAAUGUGACGCUUGGUCAGGCCCGAAUAAUGACGGGCAAUAUUGGGGUAGAAGCUUGGCAGAAAAUGGCAGGUCGCAAGACGACAAUUGCUAACAACCAGUUCGGCCACGACGUCCGAAUCAUCACUGGUGACAUGGGAGGGGAGGCGGCGAGGGGCUUCAACGAUUCCUUCUGGAAGUGAAAUUAUUGAAGUCUACGUUCGAGCAUGGCUACUGAACCUGUUACCACCAGUCAUUUCCAUCCGGAACUACUGUGUCAGCAUCGAUCGCCCUAAACCAUUCACAACCAUAACUUUCUUCAUGAGAAGACCUCUGUCUCCGCAAAGCAGUGAUUACAUAAGGUGCCGCAGUAAAUGCUGAUAGAGAAAGGGAUUCCACAGCGGUGCCCUCGAACUUAAG